GCAACCCUAAAAUCUUUCUCAGUUAGUAUUUCGCUUUCAAUGAAACGAAACCUAAGUCAGUGCUCUUACUAAGGGAUAUUCGCGUAGUUCUAUUACAUAGCGAAAAGGUAGUUAUUAUUUUGGUUUCAAUUUAUAAAUAAAAAAGUGGGAUCUUCCUUUUAUCUUUUCAUUUUAAAAUUGAAAAAAAGUUUUUGGUGUAUUUUUUGAGACACACCCACUUGUUGACUUUGCGCGCAAACCCACGUGGUCUCCGAAUGUUUUCCUUUCUGAACGAUGAUUUUACUGCUAUUGGAUAAGUGAAUGUCUUAUUGAUUGGUCGGAUAAUUCAAGAUGAGAACGACUCUAAAGAAUUUUCUAAAUAUCCAUCACAAAAGAAUCAAUGGGUUAGUAACAGGACUGUGAUUGUCAAGUAGCUGUGUAACAAAAUGACAACGAGUCACGAUUUGUAUCAGGAACUAGAGCUUUAUCUUCAGAAAGCACAAGAAGAAAUUGGUAUUGCUGUCAAAGAAUUAGAAGAGCAUCAAGACAAUGCAAUACCUGAUGGAAGAAAUGAAUGGAACUUUUCCAGCGAAAACCUAAUACUCCCUCCACAAGCAUUUCGUUCGAAGUUUGAUGUAAACAAUUCAAAAAAUUCUAGUUCUGACAUCACAAAUGGUAAAAGAUCUCGAGUUAACCGCGUAUGCCAUGAUGGUAACCUAUUGGACAACGAAAAAUUCUCAUCUAAGUCAUUCCAUCAGAGCGACUCAUUCUAUUCGAAGCUUUCUUUUUUCUCAAAUUUAAAUCCAGGAAUAUCAAAGAAUCAUGUGGGUGCACCGUACUCCCCAAAUACUAGAAGACGAAUGUGGCGUAUGCACCCCUCUAUUUCAUUUCCCGAGACCUCUAAAGAUUUACUUAUGCUUGGUAGAGAUCCUUCAUCAAAUUCAUACUCUAAUGAACUUUAUGUAAAUAGUGCGUCACCUUCCUCAACACAAAAUAACUCGUCUCCUAAAUUAUUUGAUGAGAAACCAUCAACUAAUUUCCAUUCCCAGAUAUAUCGUCAGCGGUCACAUUCAGACACAACACCUCCACGUUUUACUUACAGUAUACCUGAAGAAUUAUACCCAUUCCCCAGACCACCUAGUGGUGAUGUAAACUUACUGUCCAUAUGGGCUGAUAACUUAGUUCUAGAGUUGGAUAAAAGCCUCACUGGGGAAUUAAACUCAUGUGAAAGUUUCAGCCCAUCAUCAGAUUAUAGUCUUAGUCCCACAAAGCAAGAUGUACCUGGAGAUGACAUACCCUUUGCCAUUUGCCAUGAAGACAAAUCUCAGUCUCUGGAUCCUAACAGUUUAUCUUUACCAGGUCGGAGCUGUAAAAUUGUGUCCGUGUCACCCGACAGUGGCAUUGAACAAGCUUUAUGUGACACUCCAGAUAUGCUUGAGGAAUGUGUGGUAUCCACCCUCAAAAAUGAAAAGAAUGAGAAAAACGGAUCUAGUGAUUCUUUUCAAAAUACUCAAGCUACAUCUUCAAAUGGCAGCUCUAUUGUUCUUUAUGAUUCAAAUUGUGAUAUUUCUUCUAAGACUAAUGGCACUGCUGAUGUAAAAGAGAGUUCAGAUUCUUCAUCAACUACGAAAUUGGAAAAUGCAAAUCUAAGAUAUAAUGAUACAUACGAAGGUGAUUGUGUUGAUCGAGCUCCGAUUCCAAAUUUUGAUUCAGCUUUUGAGUCCAUCAAAUCAAAUAGUCAAAUUAAGUCCAUUGAUCCGCCUCUCCAAUUUGGGGAUAAAUUUAAAAGUGAUAACACAUCACUUCUAAAUAAGAAUGAUCGUUCUCAAGCUACUCAAACAGAAUCUUUCCAUUGUGCAAAAACAAACCAUUAUAAAAAAGCUGAUUUGAUUUCUGAAGCGGAAGACAGAUUCCAACUGUUCGAAACAGUGAAUCAUUGUGUCCCAUUCCAUGCUCUCGGAUUAUCUUCAGAAAGCUCUGAGCCUGAAGAUAGCCCUGUAGUGAGAACAGUUUGUGCACUUAAUGAUAGUAAUAUCAUGAGCAAUGGUGAUAAUAAAAAUGAUAUUAACAAUGUCUUGAAUCAUGAAAAUGGUGAUAUAAUCUCGCCUUUCCAUGAAAGAUUUUUUUAUAGUUUGCCUAAACCUCCAAAAACCAUUCCAAACGGUGUGGAUAAAUAUAAUACCCUUCCUAAAGGUGCAGGAAAAUAUUAUGAUUCCUUAUUUUCGGAACCAUCAACUUUCAAUUAUGUGAGUAUUGAUGAGUUGGCAGAAUAUAUGCGACAAGUUAAGAGCAGCUCUUAUCUAUUACCAUCUCGAGAUGUAUCAACCGAUGUAAAAGAUGAUAGAGAAAUCAAGGAUGCUGUUACCCAAACAUCUCCAGCACCUCUUAGUCGAAGUUCUAGUUUUACAUGGGUGACUGAUUGCGAUUGUAGUGAUUUCGAUAAAAACCAGCACACGUCAGAUGAUGAAAGCCUUGCUCUGUCUAGCUGUUCCAAUUGCAAAGUCGAAAAUGGCAGUCUACACUCUUCGCCGUCAUCGUCUUCUUUAGCUAUUUCUUCUGAUGAUGAGGGGGAAAUGCCAAUAACUCCUGGAUCGAAUGGAAGCAGUUUGUAUCUAUCAGCAUGCUCAGGUUCGAGCGACUCUUUUGAAGAAGCUCCAGUUACCAUUGCUAAUGAAUAUGAAGCGACCGUGGCACCUAACGAAAACGACUACACUGCACUGAUUAAAAGACCUUUACGAAAUAGCGAGUCUACUCUUCGAGGUUCUACAUUGGGAGAUAUAUCUGAAGAACAAGCUACUAGUGAGACAAUAUCGAUGAAAUCUACCAAGAGUAAUCCUUCCUUAACUGAUUCAAAUGUUAUGGAACCCGUAGAGCAACCAGCAUCUUUUCCAUCUACAUUAAGACUGAGCCGAAAAAAUCGGUCAACUAAUAGUCCUGCUCAACCCAUUGAGCCUACUAUAUUAAUAAUCAAUGACCUUAACUUGAAAUCUAUAUCUGCUCCAGUCCUCUUAAGACAAAAACGACAUGUUGCUAACACUAAAACGUCAGAAUCAUCAUCGAGUGAUUCGUCUCCACCAACUGGUACCCGAAGUAAAGAUGCUGUUGUUUGGACCCCGAUGAAUCAGGUUCCGGCGCGAGCACACUCAGCUAAGGAGUUGAACGAACUCCAAGCAAUCGAAGCAUGCAGUUGGUUGCGUGCUGCAGGUUUUCCACAAUAUGCUCAGAUGUACGAAGAUAACCAAUUUCCUAUCGAUGUAUCGAUUGUUCAGAAGGAUCAUGCAUUUCUUCAUCCUGAUUCUAUACAGUCAUUAUUCAGGAGACUGAAUACAUUAAACAGGUGUGCUAAGAUGAAAUUUAAAGAUCAUGUCCAUCGAGCAUCUUUACACCUGGAAGAAAGUGAUGAAGAAGAACAAUAUGCACUAAGUGAAAACUGGGAAUUUCAACGUUCAAGUCGACGUUGGUCUCGAAUUCCUUCACCAUCAGACGGAAUUUCUGAUUUUGUGGCUAACGAACCACCAAUGCCUGCCAACACAUUAACAGCGCCAACUCGAAAAUUCUUAAAUCCAGACGAACCUUAUUGCAGCAGUCAUGAUAGUGUAUUUGUGGACGACCAGCAUAGUAGUCCUGAUAGCAUAAGGCGAUCAAAUGUACUUAAAAUUGAAAAAAUUUCAGCAAUGCCUUCAACCCAUCUUGGGGACUAUAGUCCAGGUUCCAGUUCAGGUUCAGGCGGAACUCUAAGUCUUGCUUCUGAAGAUAUACAACAAGAACGUCGAAGUUUGAGACGCAGUGGUAGUGAUAGAGUAAAAGAAGGUGCUAAGGCUUUAUUGAAACGAAUGGAAAGCUUAAAAGGAAAGCGAAAAAAGAAAGUUCUAGAUACCAAUAAAAUUGAAAAUAUCACAAUAGUACAUCAUAGUGGAACUGAUGGAAGCUCUUCAAGUAGUUUAACAUCCUCCCCGCAAUUCCGACGAUCCCAAAAACAAGUAACUAGCUCACCUGAAACUAUGAAGAAAAGAACCAUCAGGCCAGAUGAUUUAAGUGCUCACAGUGAUACUGAAUGUCGGCUUUUUCUGGUUUCUGAUAAAUGGAAAGAUGCAAAUAGCAAUGAUACAAAACAUUUUAAACAUUAUGUUAACCAACAAACUUCUGUUACUGUAACAUCACCUCAAGAAGAACCAAAUUUCCAUCCCAUGUCGGAUGAUAGUACUUUAAAACGUGAUUGUAGAAAACAUUUUUUGCAUCCUGACUAUGAGGAAUGCGAUAAAAGAGGAAGUUACUAUGACAAUGUAUCUGCCCCACUUGUUGUAUUUAAUGAUUUAUAUUCUAAAAGCUUGGGUGAAAGCGAAACUAAUACACCAGUUAAGAGUGGAAAGAACCAGCAGUCAUUUGACAGAUCUGUUCAAAACCAAGAUGAUGGUGAUAUCAUCAUAAUGAACAAUGAAAGACGUGAUUCUGGAGUUGGAUCAUCAUUAACAAGGGGCAUCACCUAUCAACAUGCACCUUGGCAUUGCUUUCCUUUUAUUUCACACCCUGAAACAAAAUCAUUUUCUGGUCCCUUAAGAAUUAUGGACUUAACUGCUCCACAAAUGCUUCUCCUUCGUAAAUUAUCUCUUUUGAAAUUAACCACUAUAAUGGAAAAAUUUUCCCCAUCUAGUCGAACUGGCUGGAGCUGGGGAGUUUCAAAAUUCAUUGGCCGAAUUCGCAACCCUGAUUAUAAAGAUAAAGUUGUGUUUGGUGUUCCUCUACUUCUUAUUCUCCAGAGAACAGGACAGCCUUUACCCGUUUCAAUCCAAGCAGCAAUUCACCAUUUACGAAAUACAGCUUUAGAUUCUACUGGUCUGUUCAGAAAAUCAGGAGUGAGAUCCCGAAUUCAAAAAUUAAAGAGCUUAAAUGAAACCAUUCCUGAAAAAAUCAGCUAUGAAGAACAGCAAGCUUAUGAUGUUGCUGAUAUGUUAAAGCAGUAUUUCAGAGAACUUCCAGAAGCCCUACUAACAAAUAAACUUUCUGAAACUUUCAUUAGUAUUUUUCAAUUUGUUCCUGAAGACUUACGUCUUGAAGCUAUCCAUGCUGCUCUUAUGUUAAUGCCUGACGAAAAUCGUGAAGUUUUGCAGUCCCUGUUAGAAUUUUUGCAUGAAGUUUGUCAACAUUCUAGUGUAAAUCAAAUGACAGCUACCAACAUUGCUGUUUGUUUUGCUCCUUCACUAUUUCAUCUAUCUACUCCUCGAAGUGCAAGCUCAAGUCCUCGUCGCCGAAAAACUGUUGGAGUUCCCGAUUUAAGAGAACUCAAUGAAAAUAGAGCAGCUUAUGAAUGCUUAUCUUGCAUGGUUACUAAUUACAAGAGCUUAUUCACGGUGUCUGAAGAGCUCGUUUCUCAAAGUCGCAUAUCAUCUGCAUCAUUUUCACAGCCUGCAUCAUUAGAAGAAUUAUUUUUAUUUUCCUCAUCUAAUGGACAAACUGGAUGGAAAGGUUAUAUUGACAGCUGUACACAAAUGUUUUUAAAGGAAACCAAAGAAAAAUAUAAGGGCUGGAAAACUGUGUCACAAAAUGAUCAUGUUGAUUUGUCUUACAAAAAAGUUGUAGAUGGUCAUCCUUUAAAACUCUGGAAGGCAUCCACAGAAGUUGAAGCUCCACCCGUUGAAUUAUUGAAUAGAUUACUAAGAGAAAGACAUGUAUGGGAUACCUCAUAUUCAAAAGGAAAAUUAGUGUGUCGUUUAAAUAAACAAACUGAAGUUAUUCAGUACCAGAGUGCUCCAUUGCCACCUCAUCCACCUUGUGAUUUUUGCAUAUUAAGGUCAUGGAAAACUGAUUUACCCAAAGGUGCCUGUAUUCUAGUGGAAACAUCAGUUGAACAUCCUGAAGCAGAAAUAAACCCUGAAAAUGUCAGAGGCUUAUUAUUAGCAUCACGUUAUCUUAUCGAACCAUGUGGAUCUGGGAAAUCCCGAAUAACUCACAUCAGUAGGAUUGAUACAAGGGGAAGAUCUCCAGAAUGGUAUCAUAGAGCUUAUGGACAUAUUUCUACCCUUUUACUAAUUAAAUUGAGGAGUUCAUUUUCACGGUCACGUGCAGAUGGACCUGAAACUAAAGUGUAAAGUGCCAACAAUUUUCGAAUUAAACAAUAUUUGUAAAUAUUGCAAAUUUACAAUGUUAUUAUAAAUUUUAUGUAAAAUUUGUACAAAAAAAAUGAUAAGGUAACACCUCACAAAAAAUAACAAGAAUUACUCUUGCAACAGAAAAACUAGUCAUUAAAAACCAUGAAAUCAAGUAAUUAUUGUAUGUUUAUUUUAAGCAUGGUUAUAUUCAGAUUUGUAAAUAUUGUUUAUUCCAUUUAUGAGACAAGCAGAAGUAUUUUAUGAUUUUUUUUAUUGUAAAUUUGUUUCUAUAGCAUAAAUUUAUUAUAUUUGAAUGUGAAAUAACUUGAAAUGUUUAUAACUGGUGUCCUAAAAAAAUAAUAAUUGAAUAAAAAAGGAUUGUUUAUAUCAUUGUAAGAAAAUUAGAAAGAAAAGAAAUGUUGAGUUGAGUUUUAUGCAUUCAACCAUGCUUAUUAUCAAACUAUAUUAUUUAUUCUAAGUUUCAAAAAAAAAAGUUAGUCAAUAAAUUAUCAUUUUUGGGACAUCCAGUAUUUUAAACUUAGGCUUGAAUUUAAUUUAAUUUUUGACAGUUGAAAUACUCUCUAGUAUAUAUUAAAUGAGUUUUGUAUUGUCAUUGACUUAACAAUAUUAUUUUCUUAAAGUGGAUAAAUUUUGUAUAUUAAAGUGAAGUAAAAUGUCCGUGUGAAGUAAAAUGUAAUACAUAUCCCUUUUAAAUCAAAAACUAUUCCAUAUGUAAAAUUAUAUGUUAUUCCAUAACCAUUAUAAGUCAAAAUUUUAAAAAAUGAAGAAAAAAAAGUAUUUUAUGCAUAUUUCCUCUAUUGUUAUUUUUAUUCAAAAGUAGAUGAUGAUGUAUUUUAACAAAAGAACUUUUGAAGAAUUUGUAAAAAUAUAUGACGAUGAAAAUAGAACUAUGUGUAUAUGUGUUGAUUUAAGUCUUGUUGAAAUAAAAAUAUUGAGUUCAUAAAA